AUUGCUAAGAGGGCCUCUGGCAUCACCUCCGCGUGAACACGUGUCUGCGGUUUCCCGGAAAUGGAGUAUCACACUGUCGCUUGAAGCUUCCAAGUGUGGCUGGCGAGCGGCACUGGCCCUGUUGUUUAUUUAGGACGGCUUCAGCGGGAGGAGCAUGCUUUUGUGUAAACAUGCAUUGCCUGGCUCUUUCACAGGGCUUCCGCUUCUUGACCCACGUCGCAGAAACCUUGAUCUUUGCGUAUUUCGCUGCCAUCUCCGUGGCUGACUCGCAGGGUCUUUUCCCAAGGCUGGAGAAUGUGGGAGCUUUCAAGAAUGUUUCACUUGUGCCAACCGAAGCGACGUGUGGACUCCCAGACCGAAGCACUUUUUGUCACAGCCCUGCUGCUGCUGCGGGUCUCGAGUUCUGCACCCAGCGGCUUUGCAUUCAGGAUUGCCCCUAUCGAUCUUCAGCUCCCGUCUACACUGCCCUGUUCUCCGCAGGCCUAGGGAGCUGCAUCGCGGUAGACAAGCAUGAUCUGUGUCCCAUCUGCCAGAGCAAUUCCACAAGUUUUAUUUUUGGAAAUCGCAAGAAUUGCUCUUCUUCUCCUCCUUCUCCGAGGCUGGCGGCAUCGUUUACUUUAGCCGUGUGGUUGAAACCUGAGCGGGAAGGUGUAAUGUGUGUUAUAGAAAAGACAGCGGAUGGGCAGAUUGUGUUCAAACUUACAAUAUCCGAGAAAGAGACCAUGUUUUAUUAUCGCACAGUAAAUGGUUUGCAGCCUCCAAUAAAAGUAAUGACACUGGGGAGAAUUCUUGUGAAGAAAUGGAUUCAUCUUAGUGUGCAGGUGCAUCAGACAAAAAUCAGUUUCUUCGUCAAUGGUUUGGAGGAAGAUAAUAAAGCAUUUGAUGCAAGAACUCUAAGUGGUUCAAUUAUAGAUUUUGCUUCUGGUACUACACAAAUAGGACAGAGUUUAAAUGGAUUAGAACAGUUUGUUGGAAGAAUGCAAGAUUUUCGAUUAUACCAAGUGGCGCUUACAAACAGGGAGAUUCUGGAAGUUUUUUCUGGAGAUCUGUUCAGAUUGCAUAUCCAGUCACAUUGCCGCUGCCCUGGGAGCCACCCUAGGGUCCAUCCUUUGGGACAGCGGUACUGCAUUCCUAAUGAUGUGGAAGAUACAACCACUGAUAGGGUGUUACGGCUGAAUACUGAAGCCCAUCCACUUUCUUUUGUCAAUGAUAAUGAUAUUGGUACUUCUUGGGUUUCACAAGUGUUUACAAAUAUUACCCAGCUUCAUCAAGGAGUGACUAUUUCAAUAGAUUUGGAAAAUGGACAGUAUCAGGUGUUUUAUAUUAUCAUUCAAUUCCUUAGUCCACAACCAACAGCAAUAAGGAUUCAAAGGAAGAAGGAGGACAGCCUAGAUUGGGAGGACUGGCAAUUUUUUGCUAGAAAUUGCCAAACUAUUGGAAUGGAAAAUAAUGGAGAAUUGGAAAAUCCUGAUUCUGUCAACUGUCUUCAGCUUUCCACUUUUACUCCAUAUUCCCAUGGUAAUGUCACAUUUAGUGUCCUAACACCUGGACCAAAUCAUCGUCCUGGCUACAAUGACUUUUAUAAUACCCCAUCUCUUCAAGAGUUUGUAAAAGCCACACAAAUAAGACUUCAUUUUUAUGGACAGUACUAUACAACUGAGACUCCUGUCAGCCUCAGACACAGAUAUUACGCAGUCAAUGAAAUCACCAUCACUGGGAGAUGUCAGUGCUAUGGUCAUGCUGAUAAGUGCGACACAACAAGCCAGCCCUAUCGAUGCCUCUGCUCUCUGGAAAGCUUCACCCAAGGACUACAUGCGGGGGCUGCCUACAUACCUCUGAUUAUUCCAGCUGUAGCGGGUAGAGGAAGGAACUGUGAGCUAUGUAAGGAUUACUUUUUCCGACACAUUGGUGCGGAUCCUUCCGCCAUUGAUGUUUGCAAACCCUGUGAUUGUGAUAAAGUGGGCACGAGGAAGAGUGGCUUCCUUUGUGAUAAGAUUGGAGGCCAGUGUAAUUGUAAGAGACAUGUGUCUGGCAGACAGUGCAAUCAGUGCCAAACUGGAUUCUACAAUCUACGAGAGUCGGAUCCUGAUGGCUGCAGCCCCUGUAACUGCAGUUCCUCUGGGACAGUGGAUGGAGACAUUACCUGUCACCAAAAUUCAGGCCAGUGCAAGUGCAAAGCAAAUGUUAUUGGGCUUAGAUGUGAUCAUUGCAAUUUUGGAUUUAAAUUUCUCCGAAGUUUUAACGCUGAUGGAUGUGAACCCUGCCUGUGCAACCUCCACGGCUCAGUGAACAAACUCUGCAAUCCUCUUUCUGGGCAGUGCGAGUGUAAGAAAGAAGCCAAAGGACUUCAGUGUGACACCUGCAGAGAACACUUUUACGGGUUGGACAUCACCAGUUGUAAGGCCUGUGACUGUGACAUGGCUGGAUCCCUGUCUGGGACCGUCUGCGAUGCUAAGACAGGGCAGUGUGUUUGCAAGCCCAGCGUUGGAGGGAGGCAGUGCAAUGAAUGUUUGGAAGGAUACUUCUACCUCCAGCAAAAUAAUUCUUUCCUCUGUCUGCCUUGUAACUGUGAUAAGACUGGGACAGUACAUGGCUCUCUGCUGUGUGACAAAUCAACAGGACAGUGUCCUUGCAAAUUAGGAGUAACAGGUCUUCACUGUAAUCAGUGUGCGCCUCACAGGUACAAUUUGACCAGUGGCAAUUUUCAAGGCUGCCAGAUGUGUGAGUGUGACUCCUUGGGGACAUUACCUGGGACCAUUUGUGACCCAAUCAGUGGUCAGUGCCUGUGUUUGCCUAAUCGGCAAGGAAGAAGGUGUAAUCGGUGUCAACCAGGUUUUUAUAUUUCUCCAGGCAAUGCCCCUGGCUGCCUGCCAUGUUCAUGCCAUGUAACAGGUGCAGUUCAUCACAUCUGUGAUAGCCUAACUGGUCAGUGCAUUUGCCAAGACUCUUCCAUUGCUGGGCAAAGUUGUGACCACUGUAGAGACCUUUAUUUUGGAUUUGAUCCUCAGACUGGAAGAUGUCAGCAUUGCAAUUGUCAUCUCUCAGGAGCCUUGAAUGAAACCUGUCACUUGGUCACGGGCCAGUGUUUCUGUAAACGAUUUGUCACUGGCUCCAAGUGUGAUACUUGUGUUCCCAGGGCAAGCCAUUUGGAUGAGAACAAUCCACUGGGCUGCAGCAAAACUCCAUCCCAACAACCUCCACCCAGAGGACAAGCUCAAAGUUCUUCUGCUAUCAAUCUCUCCUGGAGUCCACCUGAUUCUCCAAAUGCCCACUGGCUUACUUACAGUUUAUUCAGGGAUGGUUCUGAAAUCUACACAACUGGAGAUCAAUACCCAUACAAUAUUCAGUACUUCUUGGACAUGGACCUGUCACCAUAUACUUCAUAUUCCUAUUACAUCGAGACAGCCAGUGUGCAUGGUUCGACAAGGAGUGCACCUGUCACUUACAGGACGAAGCCAGGGGUCCCAGAAGGGAACUUGAACUUAAGUUAUAUCCUUCCUAUUAGCUCAGACUCCGUGACACUUGCCUGGAAUGCACCUUCAAAUCGUUCUGGUCCUAUAGAAAAAUAUAUUUUGUCCUGUGCUCCUUCAGGCGGCAAUCAGCCAUGUGCUCCUUACGAAGGUCACGAAAGCUCCGCUACCAUUGGGAAUCUGGUUCCAUUCACCAAGUACCGUUUUUCUGUACAGGCAUGUACGAGUGGGGGCUGUUUACACAGCUCACCCCUUACGGUGAUCACAGCCCAGGCACCUCCCCGAAGGCUGGGUCCACCUGAGGUGCGGAAGAUCGGUUCCACAGAACUUCACAUGGAAUGGUCUCCUCCAAUGGAACCAAAUGGAAUAAUUAUAAGAUAUGAACUCUACAUGAAAAGAAUGAAAUCUGAUGGAGAAAUCACAUCAGCAGAAAGUCGAGUUUUUCAGAGCAGUGGCUGGCUCAGUGCUCACCCAUUUGAAGAAUCAGCCAAUGAAAAUGCAUUAAAACCUCCUCAAACAGCCACAACCAUCACUGCCUUGGAGCCAUACACCCAGUAUGCGUUUCGAGUCUUAGCUGUGAACAUGGCUGGCAGUGUGUCUUCUGCCUGGGCUUCAGAAAGAACGGGAGAAUCAGUGCCGGCAUUCAUGACCCCUCCUUCCGUCUCCCCACUCUCACCGCACUCCCUCAAUGUGUCCUGGGAGAAGCCAGCAGAGAAUGUAGCAAGAGGAGAAGUUGUGGGGUACAAGAUCAAUAUGGUUUCUGAACAGUCACCUCAACAAUCUCUUCCGACAGUGUUGUCACAGGUAUUAGUGUACAUUGCUAACUCCCAAGAACUGUCUUAUGUUGUAAAAGAACUAAAACCUUAUAGGAUAUACAACUUUACCAUUUCUCUCUGCAAUUCAAUUGGUUGUGUAACCAGCGCGUCAGGAACAGGGCAGACAUUAGCAGCAGCGCCAACCCAGCUGAGGCCUCCUGUGGUGGAAGGAAUCAACAGCACAACCAUCCACGUUAGAUGGCUCCCGCCUGAAGAACUCAAUGGCCCCUCUCCCGUGUAUCAGCUGGAAAGGAGAGAGUCAUCUCUCCCAGCUCCCAUGGCCAUGAUGAUGAAAGGAAUUCGUUUCACAGGGAAUGGAUAUUAUAAAUUUCCCAGUUCCACACACCCAGUCAAUACGGACUUUACUGGCAUUAAGGCCAGCUUUCGAACAAGGGUGCCUGAAGGUUUGAUUGUCUUUGCUGCAUCGCCUGGCAAUCAGGAAGAGUAUUUUGCACUUCAGCUGAAGAAUGGACGUCCUUGUUUUCUUUUUGAUCCUCAGCUUCCUCUUAAGUUCCCACAGAAUCCCAACAUUCUUCUGUUAUGUGUAGCAAAUGGAUCUUGCUGCCAUGUGGAUGCAGAUUUAGCAGUAUUUACGCCCUACCAGUUUGUACUCGGUGCCUGCACACUUGUGGGAUGUACAAACAGUUCCCUGGUCGUACUGCACACGGCACAGCUGCCGCCGGAGCACGUGGAUUCCCCACUUCUGACUGUCCUGGAUUCUAGAACUAUAUAUGUACAGUGGAAACAACCAAGAAAUGUAAAUGGGAUUCUGGAGCGCUAUAUAUUAUAUAUUUCAAAUCACACGCAUGAUUUUACAAUUUGGGAUGUCAUCUAUAACAGUACAGAACUUUUUCAGGAUCACUUGCUACAAUACUUGUCCCCCGGUAAUAAAUACCUCAUCAAGCUGGGAGCUUGCACAGGGGGUGGGUGCACCGUGAGCGAGGCCAGUGAGGCCCUGACUGACGAGCAGGCACCCGAGGGUGUGCCAACCCCCAAAGCGCACUCCUAUUCACCUCACUCCUUUCACAUCUCCUGGACGGAGCCUGAAUAUCCAAAUGGUGUUAUCACAAGCUAUGGACUAUAUCUAGAUGGUAUAUUAAUUCACAAUUCCUCAGAACUCAGCUGUCAUGCUUAUGGAUUUGCUCCUUGGAGCUUACAUUCCUUCAGAGUCCAAGCAUGCACGGCCAAAGGUUGUGCUCUUGGCCCCCUGGUGGAAAAUCGAACUCUAGAAGCUCCUCCCGAAGGAACGGUAAACGUGUUUGUCAAAACAGAGGGAUCCCGGGAAGCCCACGUGAGAUGGGACGCACCUUUUCACCCUAAUGGACAUUUAACAUACUCAGUCCUUUUCACCGGGAUUUUCUAUGCUGAUCAAGCAGAUAAUAACUACACUCUUCUGAAUGGCACACAAGUCAUGCACCGUGGUGAAGAGACCAACCUUUGGGUACUCAUCGAGGGGUUGGUUCCUUUUACUAACUAUACUGUACAAGUGAAUGUUUCAAAUAGCCAAGGCAGCUUGAUGAGUGAUCCUGUAACAUUUGCAAUGCCACCAGGGGCUCCAGAUGGCGUGCUGCCUCCAAGGCUUUCAUCUGCCACUCCAACCAGUCUUCAGGUUGUCUGGUCUACACCAGCUCGCAACAACGCUCCCGGCUCUCCCAGAUACCAACUCCAGAUGAGGCCUGGCCACUCCACCCAUGGAUUUCUAGAGUUAUUUUCCAAUCCUUCUGCAUCGUUAAGCUAUGAAGUGAGAGAUCUCCAACCAUACACAGAAUAUGAGUUUCGGUUGGUUGCCUCCAAUGGAUUUGGCAGUGCGCAUAGUUCCUGGAUUCUCUUUGUGACCACAGAGGACAAACCUGGACCUAUGGACCCUCCAAUUCUUCUGGACGUGAAGUCAAGAAUGAUGUUGGUUACCUGGCAGCAUCCUUUAAAGUGCAAUGGGGUCAUUACCCAUUAUAAUAUUUACCAACAUGGCCACCGCUCCCUGGAAACUUCUGGAAAUGUCACUAAUUGCACAGUGAUCCAUUUGCACCCAUAUACUGCCUAUAAGUUCCAGGUGGAAGCCUGUACUUCGAAAGGGUGUUCCCUCUCACCAGAGUCCCAGACCGUAUGGACACUCCCAGAUGCACCGGAAGACAUCCCAAGUCCAGAGUUGUUCUCUGAUACCCCAACAUCUGUGAUUGUAUCUUGGCAACCCCCCAAGCACCCCAAUGGCUUGGUGGAGAACUUCACAAUUGACAGAAGAAUCCAAGGGGAGGAAGAAGUUACUACCCUGGUGACUCUCCCAAGAAAUCAUUCUAUGAAGUUUAUUGACAAGACUUCUGCUCUUAGCCCAUGGACAAAAUAUGAAUACAGGGUACUAAUGAGCACUCUUAAUGGAGGUACAAAUAGCAGCGCUUGGGUAGAAGUGACCACGAGACCUUCACGACCUGCUGGGGUACAGCCACCCAUGGUGCGUGUGCUAGGACCCGAUACAGCUGAGGUCACUUGGAAACCCCCACUCAUGCAGAAUGGAGACGUGCUUAGCUAUGAGAUCCGCAUGCCUGAUCCUCAGAUCACAAUAACCAAUGUUACUUCCUCACUGUUAAGUCGAGUAAUUACUCAUCUGAUUCCUUUCACUAAUUACUCUGUCACCAUUGUGGCUUGCUCAGGAGGAAAUGGGUACCUAGGAGGGUGCACAGAGAGUUUACCUACUCAUAUUACCACCCACCCCACCCUACCGCAGGGCAUUAACCCGUUGUUGGUGAUUCCACUAAGUGAAUCAUAUGUUGGGAUUUCAUGGCAGCCACCAUCCAGACCAAACGGACCAGAUUUGAGAUAUGAGCUUCUGAGACGUAAAAUCCAGCAACCACUUGCAUCAAAUCCCCCAGAAGAUUUAAAUCUGUGGCACAAUAUUUAUUCAGGAACUCAGUGGUUUUAUGAAGAUAAGGGUCUUAGCAGGUUUACAACGUACGAGUAUAAGGUGUUUGUACACAACAGCGUGGGUUUCACACCGAGCCAAGGAGCUACCGUGACAACAUUAGCUGGUCUUCCAGAGAGGGGAGCCAAUCUCACCGCAACUGUUCUUAACCACACGGCCAUAGAUGUGACAUGGGCUAAACCAACCUUUCAAGACCUACAAGGUGAUGUUGAAUAUUAUACACUUUUUUGGAGUUCUGCUACCACAAAUGAAUCUCUCAAAAUCCUCCCAGAUGUAAACUCUCAUGUCAUCAGCCACUUAAAUCCAAACACUGAGUAUCGGAUUUUUAUCUCUGUCUUCAAUGGAGUCCAUGGCAUCAGUGGUGAAGUACUGCGUGCAACCACUUUCGAUGGGGAGCCUCAGGGCAUGCUUCCUCCAGAGGUUGUCAUCAUCAACAGUACAGCUGUACGUGUCAUCUGGACAUCUCCUUCAAACCCAAAUGGUGUUGUCACUGAAUAUUCUGUCUAUGUAAAUAAUAAGCCCUACAAGACUGGAAUGAAUGUGCCUGGGUCUUUCAUUCUGAGAGAUCUGUCGCCCUUCACUAUCUAUGACAUUCAGGUUGAAGUCUGCACCAAAUAUGCCUGUGUGAAAAGUAACAGAACCCAAAUCACCACUGUGGAAGAUAUUCCAACUGAUAUACCAACACCCACAAUUCAUGGCAUCACUUCAAGAUCCCUUCAAGUUGAUUGGAUGUCUCCAGGGAAGCCAAAUGGCAUCAUUCUUGGAUAUGAUGUCUUACGUACAAGAUGGCAUCCAUGCCCUAAAACCCAGAAGUUAAGGAAGGACCACAGUGGUGAGCUCUGCAAGGCAGUGAAGUGUCAAAAACCUAAAACUAUCUGUGGACACAGGUGCUAUUCUCCUGAAGCUAAGGUUUGUUGUAAUGGAGUUCUCUAUGACCCCCAGCCUGGGCACCACUGCUGUGAAGAGAAGUAUAUCCCGUUCGUUUUGAAUUCAACUGCGGUUUGUUGUGGCGGCCGCAUACGAGAGGCUCAACCAAAUCAUCACUGUUGCUCUGGGUAUUACACUAGAAUUCUACCAGGUGAAGUAUGUUGUCCAGAUGAACAGCACAAUCGGGUUUCCACUGGCAUCGGUGACUCCUGCUGUGGCAGAAUGCCUUACUCCACCUCAGGAAACCAGAUUUGCUGUGCUGGGAGGCUUCAUGAUGGCCAUGGCCAGCAGUGCUGUGGUGGACAGAUUGUAAGCAUAGAUUUAGAAUGCUGUGGUGGAGAAGAAGAGGGCAUGGCAUACAGCCGCCUUCCAGGGAUGUUCUGUUGUGGGCAGGAUUAUGUGAAUAUGUCAGAUACCAUAUGCUGCGCAGCUUCCAGUGGAGAGUCUAAAGCACAUGUUAAAAAGAAUGACCCAGUGCCAGUAAAAUGCUGUGAGACUGAACUUAUUCCAAAGAGCCAGAAAUGCUGUAAUGCACUUGGAUAUAAUCCUUUGAAAUAUGUUUGCUCUGACAAGAUUUCAACUGGAAUGAUGAUGAAGGAAAUCACAGAGUGCGGGACUCUCUGCCCAGCUGCUCUGGAAGCCACAGCAUAUUGUGGCAGGUGUGACUUCAACUUCACCAGCCACGUUUGCACCGUGAUCAGAGGCCCUCACAAUUCCACAGGCAAGGAAUCAGUAGAAGAAAUGUGCUCAUCUGCUGAAGAGACUGUUCACACGGGAAGUGUAAACACUUUCUCCUUCACAGAUGUGAAUCUGGAGCCUUAUAUGACGUAUGAGUAUAGGAUUUCUGCAUGGAAUAGCUACGGGCGAGGAUUCAGCAAAGCUAUUAGAGCCAGGACAAAAGAAGAUGUGCCUCAAGGACUGAGUGCCCCUACGUGGACCAAAAUGGAUAAUCUUGAAGAUGUGAUAGUCUUAAAUUGGAAGAAACCUAUACAAUCAAAUGGUCCAAUUAUUUACUACAUUCUUCUCCGAAAUGGGAUGGAAUGCUUUCAGGGAACAUCACUGAGCUUCUCUGAUACGAAGGGAAUUCAGCCAUUUCAGGAAUACUCAUACCAGCUGAAAGCCUGCACGGUUGCUGGCUGUGCCGUCAGCAGCAAGGUAGUUGCAGCUACUACCCAAGGAGCUCCGGAGAGCAUCCUGCCGCCCAGAGUCACGGCGCCCAGCGCAGAGGCUCUGCAUUUGAGCUGGAGUGUCCCCGAGAAACCAAACGGUGUCAUUAAAGAGUACCAGCUCAGGCAGGUUGGGAAAGGUCUCAUCUACACUGGCACCACUGACAGGAGGCAGCAUACGGUCACAGGUCUCCAGCCAUACACCAACUAUAGCUUCACUCUUACAGCUUGUACAUCUGCUGGAUGCACUUCAAGUGAGCCUUUUCUAGGUCAGACACUGCAGGCAGCCCCUGAAGGAGUUUGGGUGACACCUCGACACAUUAUCAUCAAUUCUACAACAGUGGAAUUAUUUUGGAAUCUGCCAGAAAAGCCCAAUGGCCUCAUUUCUCAGUAUCAAUUGAGUCGUAAUGGAACUUUGGUUUUCCUGGGUGGCAGUGAGGAGCAGAAUUUCACUGAUAAAAACCUGGAGCCCAACAGCAGAUAUAUUUAUAAAUUGGAAGCCACAACUGGAGGUGGCAGCAAUCCUAGUGAAGAUUACAUUGUACAAACACCUGUACUGACACCAGAAGAAAUCCAGCCUCCAUAUAAUAUCACAGUAAUUGGGCCUUAUUCCAUAUUUGUAGCUUGGACCCCACCAGGGAUCCUCAUCCCCAAAAUGCCUGUGGAGUACAAUGUGUUACUCAAUGCUGGAAGUAUAGCACCUCUGACCUCCUCUGUUGGUCAUCAUCAAUCCAUCCUUCUGGAAAAUUUGGCUCCAUUCACACAAUAUGAGAUAAGGAUACAAGCAUGUCAAAAUGGAAGUUGUGGAGUUAGCAGUAGGAUGUUUGUCAAAACAUCUGAAGCAGCCCCAGUGGGUCUACGUUCCCCAAUUCUUAAGGCACUGGGGUCAGCUAGCAUAGAGGUUAAGUGGAUGCCACCUGAAAAGCCAAAUGGAGUCAUCAUCAACUACUUUCUUCACAGACGUCCUGCUGGCUUUGAAGAGGAGUCCCUUUUGUUUGUCUGGUCAGAUGGAGCUCUUGAAUUCAUUGAUGCUUCGGAUACUCUGAUGCCUUUCACGCACUAUGAAUACCGAGUCAGAGCCCACAACUCCAGGGGCUCAGUGGAGAGUCGGUGGUCAUCAGCACGGACCCUGGAAGCCCCACCUCAAUAUUUGCCAGCACCUUGGGUGCGAGCAACCAGUGCCCACUCAGUUCUGUUGAACUGGACAAAGCCAGAAUCGCCCAAUGGCAUUAUCUCCCAGUACCACGUGGUCUACCAAGAGAGCCCGGAUGAUCCAAUGUUUAACGUCUCUACUGUGCAUGCUUUCACUGUGACGGGAACGAGCCAUCAAGCCCACCUAUUUGGGUUAGAACCAUUCACGACGUAUCACAUUGGAAUUGUGGCCACAAACCAGGCAGGAGAAGUUUCAAGUCCCUGGACUGUGGUUCAAACCCUAGAAUCUUCCCCAAGUGGAAUGAGCAACUUUACAGUAGAACAGCAAGAGAAUGGCCGGGCAUUGUUGCUACAGUGGUCAGAGCCUGUGAGAACCAAUGGUGUGAUUAAGACCUACAACAUCUUCAGUGAGGGCAUCCUGGAGUACACUGGCAUGAAUCGUCAGUUUCUCUUCCGACGCCUGGUCCCUUUCACUCUCUACACGCUGACCCUGGAGGCCUGCACCAGGGCGGGCUGUGCACACUCAGCGCCCCAGCCUCUGUGGACAGAUGAAGCCCCUCCCCACUCUCAGUUGGCUCCUGCGAUUCAGUCUGUGGGGUCCACCAGCAUUGAGCUGAGCUGGUCUGAGCCUCUCCACCCACAUGGAAAGAUAAUUCGCUAUGAAGUGAUUCGCAGGUGCUUCGAGGGAAAAGCUUGGGGAAAUCAGACAAUCCAGGCUGAUGAGAAAAUUGUUUUCACAGAAUAUAAUACUGAAAGGAACACAUUUAUAUAUAAUGACACUGGUUUGCAGCCAUGGACGCAGUGUGAAUAUAAAAUCCACGCUUGGAACUCAGCAGGCCACACCUGUAGCUCUUGGAACAUAGUAAGGACAAUGCAGGCGCCUCCAGAAGGUCUCUCUCCACCUGAGGUAGCCUGUGUAUCUAUGAAUCCUCCCAAACUGCUGAUUUCCUGGAUCCCGCCAGAACAGUCUAACGGUAUUAUCCACUCCUAUAAACUUCAAAGGAAUGGAGUGCUCUAUCCUUUCAGCUUUGAUGCUGUGACUUUCAAUUAUACCGAUAAAGAGCUGCUUCCGUUUUCCACAUACACUUAUGCAGUCGUAGCCUGCUCAGAUGGGGGCUGCUCCACCAGCAAACCCACCAGCAUUACCACUCCUGAGGCUGCUCCAGCAGGAGUCAGCCCUCCAGCUCUCUGGACCAUCAGUGCUACUCAGAUAAAUGUAUCAUGGUCACCACCAUCGCUUCAAAAUGGAAAGAUCACUAAAUAUUUGCUUAGAUUAGACGGUAAGCAGUACCUUGCUGGGCAGAGUCUGUCCCUGCUGGUGUCUGAUCUACAACCUUAUACUCAGUAUAAUUUCUCCCUGGAAGCCUGCACAAAUGGAGGCUGUACAGCUAGUUCAUCCAAGUCUGCCUGGACCAUGGAGGCCCCACCCCAGAACAUGGACCCUCCAAAAUUGCAAGUCACGGGCUCAGAAUCAAUAGAAAUCACCUGGAAACCUCCCAGAAACCCAAAUGGCCAGAUCAGAAGUUAUGAACUUAGACGGGAUGGAACCAUUGUCUAUACUGGCCUGGAAACUCGCUAUCAUGAUUUUACUCUCACCCCAGGUGUGGAGUAUGGCUACACGGUGACGGCCAACAACAGCCAAGGGGGUGUUUUGAGUCCACUCAUCAAAGACAGGACCAGUCCCUCAGCACCGUCAGGGAUAGAACCUCCAAAAUUGAAGGCCAAGGGCCCACAAGAGAUCUUAGUGAACUGGGAUCCUCCCGUGAGGACAAAUGGCGAUAUCAUCAAUUAUACCCUCUUUAUCCGAGAGCUGUUUGAAAAAGAAACAAAAAUCAUACACAUCAAUACAACUCAUAAUUCUUUUGACACACAGUCAUUCAUAGUAGACCACCUGAAGCCAUUUCACAGGUAUGAAGUACGAAUUCAAGCCUGCACCGCACUGGGAUGUGCGUCAAGUGACUGGACAUCCCUACAGACCCCUGAGGUUGCCCCUCUGAGGCAGCCCCCACCACACCUCGAGGUUCGGAUGGCUCCAGGAGGAUUCCAACCCACAGUUGCCCUUUCGUGGACGGGACCUCUUCGGCCAAAUGGAAGAGUUUUAUAUUAUGAGUUGUACAGAAGACAAACAGCAACUCAGCCCGGAAAAUCAACUCCAGUGCUAACCUAUAAUGGAAGCUCAAGCUCUUUUAUGGAUUUCGAACUAUCACCUUUCACAGAAUAUGAGUAUCAGGUCUGGGCAGUGAAUUCAGCAGGAAAAGCCCCCAGUACCUGGACAUGGUGUAGAACUGGCCCUGCUCCCCCAGAAGGUCUCAGGGCCCCCACCUUCCAUGCAGUCUCUUCCACCCAAGCGGUGGUCAACAUCAGCGCCCCUGGGAAGCCCAACGGAAUCGUCAGUCUCUACAGGCUGUUCUCCAACACCAGCGGGGCGGAGACAGUGCUGUCGGAAGGCAUGGCCACCCAGCAGACUCUCCAUGGCCUGCAACCCUUCACCACGUACUCCAUCGGGGUGGAGGCCUGCACUUGCUUCAAUUGUUGCAGCAAAGGGCCCACGGAAGAGCUGAGAACUCAUCCUGCUCCACCCUCAGGACUGUCCUCUCCCCAAAUCCAGACGCUGUCCUCGAGAACAGCUUCCUUCCAGUGGAGCCCACCCCUGUUCCCCAAUGGUGUCAUUCAAAGCUAUGAGCUUCAGCUCCACGUGGCUUGCCCUCCGGGUUUAGCCACACUGUGCAUCCCCAGCCAGGCAGAGACCAAGUACAAGGGGCCGGGGUCCACAGCCAGCCUUGCCGGCCUCCAGCCCUACACCACCUACAAACUGAGAGUUGUGGCCCACAACGAGGUGGGCAGCGUGGCUUCAGAAUGGAUCAGUUUCAUCACCCAAACAGAAUUGCCCCAGUACCGAGCCCCGUUCUUGGUGGACAGCAAUUUGUCUCUGGUGCGUGUGGACUGGAGUGGCUCUUUCCUGCUGAACGGCCCGCUGAAGGAGUUCGUGGUGACCGAUGGAGGCCAGCGUGUGUACAGUGGCUUUGAUACCACCCUCUACCUACCGAGGACGGCGGACAGAACCUUCUUUUUCCAGGUCAUCUGCACCACGGAUGAAGGAAGCGUUAAGACGCCCGUGGUCCAAUACGAUACCUCCACCGGAUUUGGCCUGGUUGUGACGACUCCUGGAGAAAAGAGAGGACCGGGGAGCAAAAGCACCGAGUUCUACAGCGAGUUAUGGUUCAUCGUGUUAAUGGCAAUGCUAGGCUUGAUCUUUUUGGCCAUUUUUCUGUCUCUGAUACUACAAAGAAAAAUCCACAAAGAACCAUAUAUCAGAGAGAGACCUCCCUUAGUACCUGUUCAGAAGAGAAUGUCUCCACUGAGUGUCUAUCUACCAGGGGAAACCCAUGUGGGAUUAGCUGAUACCAAAAUUCCCCGGUCUGCAACACCCAUCAGUAUUAGGAGUAACCGGAGCAUAUCCGUACUUCGGAUCCCAAGUCAGAGCCAAUUAAGCCAAACCUAUUCCCAAGGCUCUCUCCACCGCAGUGUCAGCCAACUCAUGGACAUUCAAGACAAGAAAGUCUUGAUCGAUGACUCACUGUGGGAAACCAUCAUGGGCCACGAUAGUGGAUUGUAUGUGGAUGAAGAGGACCUGAUGAAUGCCAUCAAGGGUUUCAGCUCCGUGACUAAGGAGCACACCACAUUCACCGACACCCACCUGUGAAGGACGGAAACCUGCAAGACAGGAAGCUGCAAUGCCUGCU